AUGGCAACCCCUCUGCUGCAUCGCCUGGGUAUAUGGGACGGCGUCAGCCCAGAGCGUCUGCUCGCGAAGUGCGAUGCUCCUGUGGUUUUCCUCGUUUCUGCCGAUGAACCAGAGGAUUACGAGAGCGGAGGAUCAUACUUUCAGGUGAACUCGGAGAAGUUCCGCAGGUCAACAGAGUGUGCGCCCUUCAAGACCAUGCGGAGCGGCUUCGCUCGAUACUGA